CUCUGUGACGUUGCCGGAAUGUUCAUGAAUGAAGUCACAUGGGCAAACAGCGGGUGACGUCAGCGCUCCCGGAACUGGGCUCCGUGAGUGAGUGAGGGAGCCCGGCCACUGAGAGGGGGAAGAGAGCGUGUCCCCAACAGCAAGAAGCAAUCACAUUUCAGAACUGUAAGGAAGCAAGUUCAUGGAGGCCAGCUCAUCCAGGCCUAUUGGUUAAAUAAUCUAAAAUAUCUAUAGAUAUUUAUAUAAUAUACAGUUAACACCCAUUGUUGUUCCUUUGGAACUAAAUACAGAACAACAUGAAGUCGGAGGAAACCUAAAAGGAUGUGGAACAUGCUACCAUGUGGAAUGGUUGUAGCAAAAGGGAAGCUAGAAAAAUGCACAAGGGGUGUAAUUCUGUCUCUGUAAUCUCUGAUGUUGCUGGGGUAAUGACGGCUAAUCCCAAAGGAAACAAAGCAAUAAAGGUUAAGAAGGAGGCCGGUGAAAAUGCCUUGACCCUCAGUGACCAGGAGCUGGUCUCCAUGACAGUCCGAGAGCUGAACCAACAUCUGCGAGGCCUAAGCAAGGAAGAGAUUAUUCAGCUGAAGCAGCGUAGGCGGACAUUGAAGAACCGGGGUUACGCAGCCAGCUGCCGGGUCAAACGCGUGACACAAAAGGAGGAGCUGCAGCGACAGAGGGCUGACCUUCAGCAGGAGGUGGCAAAGCUGUCCAGAGAGAAUGCCAACAUGAGACUGGAACUAGACGGUCUGCGGUGCAAGUACGAGGCCCUCCAGAACUAUGCCCGGACUAUGGCCAAGGGCCCCACUCCAACCACCAGCGUCAUCACCAUUGUCAAGUCAUCUGACUCUUAGAGCCACUUCCCUCUUCCUGGUCUUCCAUUGGAACUUUCAGUUGAAGGGUUGGGCAAGGGCAUUGAUGGGUGAUUGAACCAAGAUGCGUAGUUGAAGCUAAGAAAGACAUAAGGCACAGGCUAAUUGAAUUGAUCUGAAUGACCUGCUCUUAUGUGAGGGAAUGCUCUUAAUCAGUUCGCCUUCUUGAGAUCAUAUACAAUGGCGUGAUGUUCACCACUGAACUAGGGCCUUUCCUGAACAUUAUAAAGCUGGGACUGCAAGACAAAGCCCUCAAGCUUGCAAAAACCUGCAAACCUGAAACUAAAAAAAAAAUUCUGGGGUGGGUGAAAAAGUGUCUUGAAGCCAGCCCUAGACCUAAAUCAAAGGGUUAAUUUGCCUGAAAGCUGAAAAGAAAGACCUCCAUAACUGGAAUCUGUGCACUGUUAAGAGUCUGGAUGUAUGAUGAGACCAGAACCAGAUCAACCAUGAUCAUAUUGAAUGGUGGAACAGGCUCGAAGAGCAGGAAUAGGCUAUACAGCCCUAUGUUCCAAUGUAACUUAUCAUGGCUGAUUCUCAUGGUCUCAACAACUGUUCAAGUAAUUGAAUGGGAAGGUAAUCCACACCCAGUAAAGACUUAGGAGCAUAUCUUUUGAAAACUUCUGUGUGGCUUUCAAACAUUUUACUUGUUUCUGUCCUGUGAUUUUAUGAAACAAAAUGUGGAGCAAUGCGUACAAUUGUCCUUUGGCAAGCUGCAUAAAACAAAAAGAUAUAUUUUUUAUUUAGCACUGAA